UAGCUGCUGCUCUCACCGAUUUGCCUCGACUCGAAGAAAGGUAGCUGCUUGCCUCCUCGCAGCGACUUACCCCUGGCUUCCUUGCCUCCACCUCCCUCCAUCUGCUCGCUUCAGAUGCCUCCCUUCCUGCGGCUUCAGGGCGAGAUUUCCCUUCACCUCAUACCUUGCUUCGCUUCCGGUUAAUUACUGUCUUCAGCUGCUUAAUUGACUUGCUUGAUGCCCCAAUUAAGCUUCAGGACUUAGAACUCAAAGAGUAGAAGAUUACUUCGAUAAUUCGUUGUUAUUUGCUGUCAAGGGCUAUGUAUCCUGGAUAGUGGAUACCUCUGCAAGAAACAUAAAUUUUCUGGGGCUAAAAUCAGUGCUGGUGUCCCCUUUUGCAGUUGCCCGAAUUGAGCGAAUUCCUGGCUUAAUUGCUGAAUCUCUUAGCAGGGACUCGGUCUGUCCCUCGUCCCUCCUAAAACUUCUUUUUCUUUUCCUUUUAAUCCGUAGGAAGUAUAUAUUUUGGUCCUGGUUUUUUUUGUGGCAGUCCACCGCUAAUUCACUAUUUGCUUAUUUCUCUUAAAAACACCCGGUGGAUUCAGCCUUCCCUUUAAUUUUGUGAUGAUAAUCUUGCCUCAACUACUUUACCAGAUCCUCAAUUAAUUCCAGAAACCCAGUCUUAUCACUGCCCCGUUAGCAGCAAAACAUUUCGUGCAGUCUGUCACUCUGUCUUAAUAACCCAACCUUUUUUUUUGUGUGUGUGUUUUCAGCCUAUCCAUUAGUCAGUAUUGCAGCAGUGAAUUCUGAGGCUCCACAAAUGUGAUGUCAAUCGCAUGCUGCUUGCCGGUCGUCGAGUGCGUGUACUGCCUGGCGUGUGCGCGGUGGGCGUGGCAGCUCUGCCUCCACUCCGGAGGCUAUGACAGCGAGACAUGGGGGCUUGCAUCAGCCACGGAGCUUGAGCCCGUGCCACGGUUGUGCCGGCUGAUCCUCUCGGUCUACGAGGAUGACCUUGAGCACCCACAGUGGGCGCCCCCAGGGGGUUAUGGCAUGGAACCACGGUGGGUGGUGCACCGGAGGACAUAUGAGCACACUCACGGCCAUGCUCCGACAUACCUGCUAUAUGUCGACCACCGGCAUUCGGAUCUCGUACUUGCCGUUCGGGGGAUGAACAUGGCGAAAGAGAGUGACUACGCCGUGCUGCUGGACAACAGGCUCGGCCAGAGGAGGUUUGACGGCGGCUAUGUGCACAAUGGCCUGCUCAAGGCUGCUGAGUGGGUGUUUGAUGCUGAGUGUGAUGUCAUGAGGGACCUUCUGGAGAGCAAUCCUGGUUACACGCUCACAUUUGCCGGGCAUUCUCUUGGUUCCGGUGUCGUGGCGAUGCUGGCUCUGGUGGCAGUGCACAACAGGGAGAGACUGGGUGGUAUCGAGAGGAAGAGGAUACGGUGCUUUGCGAUGGCGCCUGCCCGGUGCAUGUCGCUCAAUCUGGCGGUCCGUUAUGCGGAUAUCAUCAACGCAGUUAUUCUUCAGGAUGAUUUUUUGCCUCGCACAGACAUUCCUCUGGAAGACAUCUUCAAGUCACUCUUCUGCUUGCCAUGCCUUUUAUGCGGAAGGUGCCUUAUAGACACUUGUAUACCUGAAAGUGUGAUGUUGAGAGAUCCAAGGCGCCUCUAUGCACCAGGCAGGCUCUACCACAUAGUUGAAAGGAAACCUUUCAGAUGUGGAAGAUACCCCCCUGUUGUCAGAACAGCUGUUCCGGUGGAUGGCCGAUUCGAGCACAUUGUUCUCUCUUGCAACACGAUAUCUGACCAUGCUAUUAUAUGGAUUGAAAGAGAAGGUCAAAGGGCACUGGAUUUGAUGCUGGAGAAUGAGAAAACCAUGAGAGUACCUGAAAUUCAAAGGAUGGGCGAUGAAACUACCAUAACAAGGCACCACAACGAGGAGCUGCAAGCGGCACUGAGGCGCGCGGUUGUGCUCGGGGUUGCUGACGUUAACGUGCCAUCGACAUAUGGUACAUUCAAUGAAAAUCCAACUCCUGAAGCUGAUGAGGCUUCCCCAGUGCUGUCGGACAGCGGUAGGCGCAGGGCGGUCUGGGAUGUGUGGAUUGCAAGGAUAUUCCAGAAGGACGAAUCUGGGCAAAUGGUUCCGCGGAGAUGAUCUUGAUUCUUGACAGUUCAAGAUAUUAUGGAUUGUAAAAGGUUGUACAAGUUCUAAGCUGAGCUGAUUCUUGGUAGUAGUUGAUCUUCCCACCGCUUCAAGUCUGUUUUGAAAUCUUGAACCGGUGACGGAAGGGAAGUAGAAAACAGUUAUGUAGAGCUAGUAUUUAGAGGUUAGGAGCAGUAUAUAUCAAUCAAUCAUUUUGCCUAUUGGUUGCAAAAUUUGUAUGUCACUAAACUGGCUGUAUUAAACCAAGACAGGAUAUUGGCCUCUUGGCCAAGAACAACAUUUGAUAGAGGAAUUCACUCACAAAUUUGGUACCCUGGUUGAAGAUACAAAUGAUCU